UGGUUUUACUGCAAGGUCACGGACUCCAGGGAGCGGUGGAUCCCCUUCAGCACGCAGGACUCGGGGCGCCUGGAAGAGGCCCACGGCUCAGGGAGAGACAAAGAAGACCUGGUUGUCCCAACAUCAGGGGGUAGGUACGACGUGCAUCUGAAGAAGAGGCAGCGUGUCGCAGUGUACUGGGAGGAGGAGGUAUCUGAAGUGCGUCGCUGCACCUGGUUUUACAAGGGAGACAAGGACAAUAAGUAUAUUCCCUACUCUGAGACCUUCAGUGAAGAACUGGAGGAAGCUUACAUGAUUGCUGUGACCCUGGAUGAGUGGAAGAAGAAACUGGAGUCCCCUAGCAGGGAAAUCAUUAUCUUGCACAACCCAAAGCUGAUGGUGCACUACCAUCCGGUUGCCACCUCUGAUGACUGGGGCUCAACGCCUACGGAACAAGGUCGACCUCGGACUGUGAAGAGAGGAGUAGAAAACAUCGCUGCCGAGAUCCCCAAUGGAGAGCCUCUGCAAAUUGAUCACCUGGUUUUCGUGGUGCACGGGAUUGGCCCAGCGUGUGACAUUCGGUUCAGGAGCAUCGUCCAGUGCGUGAAUGACUUCAGGAAUGUUUCCCUGAGCAUGCUGCAAGCGCACUUCAAGAAAGCCCAGGAGCAGCAGCAGAUCGGCCGGGUGGAGUUCCUACCUGUGAACUGGCACAGCUCCCUCCACUCCACCGGGGUGGACGUGGACCUGGAGCGAAUCACUCUGCCGAGCAUCAAUCGCCUGCGUCACUUCAUCAACGACACCAUCCUGGACGUUUUCUUUUACAACAGCUCCACCUAUUGCCAGACCAUCGUGGACACGGUGGCGUCCGAGAUGAACCGCCUGCACCAGCUCUUCCUGCAGAGGAACCCGCUCUUCAAAGGGGGGGUCUCCAUUGCGGGGCACAGCUUGGGGUCGCUCAUUCUGUUUGACCUCCUGACGAACCAGAAGGCUGCUCCCGAGGAGGAUGAGCACAGCGAAGAGGGGCCCAGGACAACCUCAAGCAACAGGGGCAUUGAGGAAAUAAAAGAAAUCUUGAAGAAGCUGGAGCUUUCCGAAUAUUGUGAUGUUUUUGAGAAGGAGAAAAUGGACAGGCAAGCACUGUUCUUGUGCACAGAGAAAAACCUUAAAGAAAUGGGAAUUCCCUUAGGACCAAGAAUGAAGAUACUCCAUUACAUCAGCUCUAAGAGGGAUACGCAGGUUUCCAGGCCUGGGUCCCCGUCACAGCACGACUCAGAGAGCACAGGCAAUGGCAGGAAUUGCCAGUACCGGGACGUUGGCUUAGGACAGGUCUCAGCAAACUAUCCUCAGCUAAACUACAAGCCCACCAUCUUCUUUGCUUUUGGGUCUCCCAUUGGGAUGUUUCUCACGGUGCGGGGAGUGAAGCGGAUCAACCCAAACUAUAGCCUGCCCACCUGCAAAGGCUUCUUCAACAUCUUCCACCCCUUUGACCCGGUGGCCUACAGGAUUGAGCCCAUGAUCGUCCCAGAUCUGGAGUUUGAGCCCAUGCUGCUGCCUCACCACAAAGGCAGGAAGAGAAUGCACCUAGAGCUGAAAGAAGGGCUGACGCGCAUGAGCGUGGACCUGAAGAACAACUUGCUGGGGUCCCUGCGGGUAGCCUGGCAGUCCUUCACUCGAGCCCCGCUGCCGGCCGUGGAGGCAGCGAGUACCGACGCCGAAGUGGAGGCAGAGGCCGGCGUGGAGAAGCAGCCAGACACGAAGCCAAACGAGACUCCCACAGCAGUGAAGGAAGAGGCCACCCUCAUUAACGUGGGGAGGCUGAACGGAGGGAAUCGCAUAGACUACGUGCUGCAGGAGAAGCCAAUAGAGAGCUUUAAUGAGUAUUUAUUUGCACUACAAGGGCAUCUCUGCUAUUGGGAGUCGGAAGACACCGUUCUGCUGGUUCUGAAGGAGAUCUACCAGACACAAGGCAUUACACUGGAUCAACCUUUGCCAGGAAGCCAUUGA